AAAUAAAUUUGACAGAGCGGCAUUGAUCUGUUCAGCUUGCUCUGUUUUAUAAUCCCUGUACUUCCCUGCAUUCCAUAUUCCGACUUCUAUACUUGUUAACCACCAAAGUUCAAGCAUGUAUACAAUAGAUUUUCAUGGAACCUUCCACUCCAGAAAAUUGCUACUUUACAACCAUCUGCCCCUCACUCUUAGCCCACCUCCGACAGCCGCGCCUCCUCCUUCCACGGAGAACAUCUUGGACAACAAUGUCUUAUUGAUCCUCGCGGUUACCUUGUGUGGCUUAAUUUCCUCACUCGGGAUAAACUUCAUGCUCAGGUGUGCGUUGAGGGGUGCUAACUCGUUGGUUUCUGAGUCCGGAGGUAACCCUACUGCUCAACCGGCGAAGAGGGGAAUCAAGGAAAAAGCUUUAAAAACUUUUCCGGUGGUGAAUUACUCGGCGGAGAUGAAUGAGGAACUACCGGGGCUGGACUCGGAAUGUGUUAUAUGCCUUUCGGAGUUUGAGGCCGGUGAGAGCUUAAGGAUGCUACCCAAAUGCAACCACGGGUUCCAUGUUGGUUGCAUUGAUAAGUGGCUAAAAUCACACUCGUCGUGUCCGAAAUGCCGGCGAUGCUUGAUCGAGACAUGUCAGAAGAUUGUUGGGACUGCCCCAGAUAGCUCGCCGUAACCGCCUCCGGCGACACCAGAAAGCAGUUUAUGUAUUGUGCCUUUGGACCCUGAAGUAAUGAUUUAGUAAUGUGUAAUUUAAGGGGGAUUAACUACGUAAAUGUUUGCUUGG